GAUUGUCAAAAUACGGUACCUGUCAAGAACAUGUGUGUGUGAACUAUGUAACAAGUGAAAGUCUACCCCUGUCACUAUUGAGCUGAACAAGAUGGCGGUUCUCUCACAAGUUUGCAUUGAAAUACUGGAGUGUGUACUGACCCAUCGGGCAACAUUCAAGUCCAUUGGGCACUCUGCUGAAGAUGUGUUGGAUGUGAGAUUUAGCAGAAGUGAAAACACUGGGUGCAAUAAUGUGAAUUUCAAAGUCCAGGGAACAUGGACGAGUUUGCUGUCUUGCAAAGGUGUAUUAGAUGGUUGUCCAAGUUUGGCGUCAGUUCUUGAUGAGGGUGUUCCCAUGACUACGGGAGAGACCGAAGCUAGUGGUGAUGCUGCCUGUAUGAGAUACAUAGCAGUGAACCGGUCAAAAGAAGAUAGGUACACCAUUACCAUGCAAAGUGGACGACUCGAUGUCUGUCAUGAGGAAGCUGGUCUAGCUGUAGAGAAUACACAAACCGAUGUCACCAUUACAUUGAAAUGUCCAAGUACAAUGGAAGAACUUGCAAAGUGUUGCUUAGAUGUGAGGAAUUUCUUGUUCAAGUUCAAGCUGGUUCAUCCAUUGAUUGCAGUUGGACUUUCUUCAAAAUGUGACAAGCUGGAUUUCAAGAACUUUGAGGAAAGGAAAAUUGAAUUUGCUUCAAUUUGCCAUGGAAUAGACAUUAUCACUGACCCAAGAUAUUUCUUAAUUUAUCUUUUGUUGGUUUUUCAAUAUUUCAUCUUUCCUGGAAGUUGGCUUGUUUGUGGCAUUGGACCGAUGAGAUGGCCCAGACGGGGUCCAGGGUGCCCCCUGUCAUCACCUCAGGCCGGUAUCAGAGGGGAGUUUUGUCUUCCUCUCGCCCUCCCUCGGCUCCAGUGAGUCAUGCUUCUCUGCCAGGUGCGUGGCCGUAGCAACCCUCAUUCCACCGCCGUCGCCCCUGCAGGCCCGGGCUGCCACCCCUUCGCAGCUAUGGAUAUCCUUUUCACGAAGUAGCAUGUUUCGAUUGAGAAGAGAGUCACGUUUAUUUCCUUUUUUUAAACAAAUUCAGUGUGUUGAGAGUAUGGCAGAGAAGUGCAAGCUGAGGCUUAAUUCUCACGAAUGUUUCAAGAAAAUUUCAAGUAUUUGAUAAUGAUGGUAACAGAAAAUACUUAUUAAGUGCAUAAGUGAUGCAGUUCUGUAUGAACUUUACAUGAGACAAAAUAUAGAUAUCAUAUUGUUUAACAAGAAUACAAAGACAGUAAAUAAGUCAUGAUUAUAACAUAAAAUCAUGUGACAGUAUAAAUAAGUCAUAUAUACAAAGAUAGUUGAAUAAGUCAUAUGAUUAUACCACUAUUACAGAAGCAAGCAGUAUAUCAUUUUAUAAACUGGUUUCUUAUAUUACACUCGUCGUGAUUGCUUUCAAAGUUCUUCAGUACACAUUUAAUGCUUUUUUACACUUUUUUUUGCCAAGAACUAUUUUUACGAUUUCACAAUGCUUUAGAUACUUUAGAGAUGUCAAUGGAUAACUGGCAACUGUUCAAGACACCCUAAAAUAUGUUAAGGUCUUUUAGCUAGUUAUUAUAGGAAGCUGCGCUUCAAUGCCAUAUUUCAUUAGGCACCUGCAUAAAGAGGAAUUAUUCAAUUAUGCAUUUUGUAAUCAAUGCAUAAAUCUUCCUUUCUGAAUUUGGGUUCAUUUCCAGGUGCAAGUCAUUUGUAGCAGAUUUUCAAUCGCCGAUAACUAUCAACUCUUAUACAAUUUUGUUUUCUCUCUCUCUAAAGUUGCAUUAGAGAACCCAUGACAUCACACUUUUAUGGGAUUUAAUUGGCUUACAUCUGAUUGCUGCCAAGUGGCAAAAUAAUGUCUUGUCUUGAACCCUAUUUGAAAAAAAUGCUGCUUCAUAUCCCAUUGACUUAUACACCGAAUGUGAUGAUGCGACAAUCUGUUGCAAAAGUUGUAGUCAUGUGGACCACUUUGGUUUUGCUAUAUUUUAUGGUUAUUCCUAACGUGGGGGUGGGGGAUUCGAGUAUAUAAAACAAAAGAUAAUUUAUUCACAGAUCGUUGUAAGUGCUUUUCAUUCUUCUUUGGAAUCCCCUCGGGAAAUAAAAAAUGAAUGAAGAAGAAUAGAUAAUAGAAUGAUAAAAACAAAUUUGAUAAAUUAAAAUGAAUAGAAAAUAAAUUUAAUAAACAAAUCAUUUAAAUGGCUUGCAAGUUUAAGGAUUAUCACCAUAUUUUAAGGUACUUUUGAAAUUGUUUUGCAAGUAGUUUUUAUAUGAGGGAGGGGCAAAAUUAAGUGAUCUAAAGACGUGAAUUUAUCCUGAGCAGUAUUGCGUACAAUAUUUUGUCAUACAUUGAUGUAUAUUCUUGUUUUAAGAUCAAUAUUUGCUGUGUUAGCACACCAUUGCAUGCAUUAUCUUGAUAUGAUCUCAUUCACUGCUAUCCAACUGUGCGGAAGAACCUCUAAUGUUCCUAAAACAUCCAUAAACUGAAACGUUGCAAAUUUAUUCAUCCGAGAGUACAAACCUAUUUGCCGGUCUUAAACGUUGUUGCACGAUGUUUAGUAGUCAAUAUUAACGGCGAUUGCCCUUCAUAUUUUCCUUAUCUUAAUAUGAUUUCCUCCGUGAUAUACCUGUCAUGGGGGACUAGCGGGGCUUCACCCCUCCUAUUUAAUCAAGCAUGUUUCUCUUCCCAUUCCUGUGUGUGUAUGUACAAGUACAUUCCAUAUUUAAAACCUGCAACUGGAUUUAGCUCAUAUCUUCUUUCCCAUCAAAUAUGCCAUUUCAGCUGAUUGAAAGGAAGGCGAAUUGCCUAUGCUUUAAAUGCAAAUGCAAAUGUGGUUUGUGACAGAAUGGGAAAUUUAGUGUUUUUCCUUAAUGUCAUUUUGAUAUAAUUUCCCAUUUUUUUUAUAGCUUAGUGGUGGUAUUGGUAUUUCAGAUGAUAAUAUUAACUGGAAGAAGAUUUGCAUUUUCCAUUUGUAUUGUAUAUAUGCUUGUAUUUUGUUUUGUUCUAUGUUAUACAGGGCCCCCAAAUACAAAAGUAUUGGACUACUGAUGGGGUUACCCUGUUUAAAUAAUACGUUAUGAAUGAAUGAUGAAUGAAUGAAUGAAUGAAUGAAUGAAUGAAUGAAUGAAUGAAUGAAUGAAUGAAUGAAUGAAUGAAUGAAUGAAUGAAUGAAUGAAUGAAUGAAUGAAUGAAUGAAUGAAUGAAUGAAUGAAUGAAUGAAUGAAUGAAUGAAUGAAUGAAUGAAUGAAUGAAUGAAUGAAUGAAUGAAUGAAUGAAUGAAUGAAUGAAUGAAUGAAUGAAAGAAAGAAAGAAAGAAAUAAGAGUUGACAUUAUUUACUGAUAUCUUACUGGAGCAAGAAAGACACCAUGGAAUGUUAUUAUUAUAUUUGUUUAAGUGGCAGCCAAUCAUUUACUGCAGAAUAGUGCAGGAAAAUGCUUUUAUAGAAUCACUAAGCCUGAAAAGCUAUAUCCAGAUUAGAAUGGGUAGAACAAUUAGUUUAGUUAUAAUCCUUACGAGUUAUCUCUCUCUCUCUUUUUCUCUCCUUAUCACCCCUUUUCCCUUUUCUUACAUCAUUUCAUGUGGAAAAGAUGGACAUUUGAAAGUGUGUAGAACAUAAUUUUGAAUCUUGAAUAUCACAGACAACUAAAUCAGAAUCAGGGAGAACUUCCUACAGAAAUAAAACAUUGUUGAAGGUCAGCGGAAGAUGAGAUUUAGGCCUCUUUCAAAAAGCUUAACAAUAUUAACAAAUGUUUUUUAGUCUAUGACCAAUCAAAUCACAUCUUUUCAGUACCUUACAACAGUAAAGUUAGAAUUGAUAACAAAUUUUAUGAAACAGGGUUCUGCAGUAGUCAAGGAUUUGACAAAUGUGUUGUUGACCAAUCAAAUCACAUCUUUACAGUAGCUUGAAUCAGUAACGUUAGCAUUGAUAACAGGGUUUGUGAGUCCUGUAGUUGUCAAGGAUGUGAUAUAGCUUUCGUUAACGAAAUCAAGUUGUAUCUCUUUCAUUGCUUGAUAAUACGGUUUAUGAAACAGGACCUUGUAGUAGUUGUCAAGGAUGUGAGGAUAAUUCAUCACACUUUGAUUGAUGACUAUGACGUAAAACGGUACCAGGCCAUGACAUAUUUUAUUGACCAUACUCCAUAUGUAGAAAAAGGGAAAUACACAUUUAGAUUAUCUUUUUAGGAAGCCUCUUAUUGAUACUUUGGCAUUUGAAAUAGUAAUUUAGGAAAUACAUCCAAGCUUCUUUAUAAAGUUUAUGAAAAUCAGUGAUGUCAUCAGUGUGCCAAGGACUUUUUGAAAAGUGUUUUAAUAAUAUAGACCUAAAAUACAUUCGUCAUUUUGACCAGAGUUCUGUUUCUAUUUUAUGUGAUGCAGGUUUGAAACCCUGAUGUGAAGAAUAUUGCAUUACAACGAAAGUUUCAAUCAAUUAUAUUUUAAAACUGACUAGUAAGGAUUUCAAGAUUUGAACAAAAUCCCUAUGGGCUAGAAUCUAUAAUAUGGUGUUCAGAAUAGUUUUAAUUAAAAACUCUAGAUACAUUGUCAUAUUCAUCAAUGUUCUGAUUCUGUUUGUUAUGCUGACAUUAAACCUAGAUGUGAAAAUACUUUGCUAUAU